ACACACCCCACUCACUACUCUUCUCUUCCACCCUCCUUCCAUUCCUUUUCUCGUGUGUCUGUAAAAACUGAAGAAAUAAACCCCAAUUCUUUUUCUUCUCAUUUUUUUAUUUUAUCUUUUCUUUCACAAUCAAUAACCAAAACCCGUGACUCUCUCUCUCACUCACUUUCGCACUCUUUUUCCUCGAACUUUCCUUUCUUCUUCUUCUUCUUCUUCUGCAUAUCCAUUCGGUCUCUCUCAAUUCGCUACUUCUUCUUCUUCUUCAUUCUAUUUCCGAGUAGGCAAUGAGAAUUUGAGGUGAAUUUAGGACAUUGUCAGUAAGAUUCAAGGCUGAUUCUUCAUCUUCCUUUGUAUUGUUUUUCAACUAGGCUGCAGUUAUGGGUACUACUCAGCAAGAGAAGUUUGUUAGGUUUCGGGAUUCUAAUUUGGAGAAGGUUUCUGAGAGAAAAUAUCCUGCGUUUAAGACCACAGUCAGGGAGAUUUAGAAGUACAAUAAGUUCAUUUUCUGAGAAGUUUCAAAGGGGAUUUGAAUCUAGUUCUGAGAGGAUAAAGAGGUUCAGAACAACGUUCGACUCUUUUUCGCAUAACAGUGCUCUUUCUAGAAACUUUGGUUCUCAAAGGAAAAUCCUUGAUCCACAGGGUCCAUUCCUUCAAAAGUGGAACAAGAUAUUUGUUUUGUUAUGUAUUAUUGCUGUAUCUCUGGAUCCUUUGUUCUUUUAUGUCCCUGUGAUUGAUGGUGAGAAGAAAUGCCUUACAUUGGACAGAGGGAUGGAGAUUACAGCGACUUUUUUGAGAACUUUCUCCGAUGCUUUUUAUAUAAUCCACAUGAUUUUCCAGUUUCGUACUGGAUUCAUUGCUCCCUCUUCUCGAGUAUUUGGAAGAGGUGUCUUGGUCGAAGAUUCUUGGGAAAUUGCUAAGAAGUAUCUGUCAUCAUAUUUCUUAGUUGACAUUCUUGCGGUUCUUCCCCUCCCACAGGUGGUGAUUCUUAUUAUCAUCCCGAAGAUGAGUGGCUUUAAAUCACUAAAUACAAAGAACUUGCUGAAAUUUGUUGUUUUCUUUCAAUAUGUGCCUCGUGUGUUGCGAAUAAUCCCAUUAUAUAAAGAAGUUACAAGGACCUCUGGCAUUCUCACUGAAACAGCUUGGGCUGGAGCAGCAUUUAAUCUCUUUCUUUACAUGCUUGCAAGUCAUGUCCUUGGUGCCUUCUGGUACUUGUUCUCUAUAGAACGAGAAACCACGUGCUGGCAAGAAGCAUGUCGAAGUAAUAUUAUGUGUAACAAGGCAGAUAUGUAUUGUAAUGAUCACCGGGACGGGUUUAAGUCAAUUUCUUCAUUCUUGAAUACUUCUUGCCCAAUACAGGAGGAAGAUAAAAAGCUAUUUGAUUUUGGAAUUUUUCUCGAUGCCCUUCAAUCUGGCGUUGUGGAGUCGAGAGAUUUUCCACAAAAACUCUUUUACUGUUUUUGGUGGGGCCUAAAAAAUUUGAGUUCUCUCGGUCAGAACCUGGCAACAAGCACCGAUUUUUGGGAAAUCUGUUUUGCUGUUUCCAUUUCGAUAGCUGGUUUGGUUUUAUUUUCAUUCCUCAUUGGAAAUAUGCAGACAUAUUUACAAUCAACAACGACAAGAUUGGAGGAGAUGAGAGUAAAAAGGAGGGAUGCAGAACAGUGGAUGUCUCAUCGAUUGCUUCCCGACAGUCUGAGAGAGCGAAUCAGGCGAUAUGAUCAGUACAAAUGGCAAGAAACCAGAGGUGUAGAUGAAGACAGUUUGAUUCAUGAUCUUCCCAAAGAUUUAAGAAGGGACAUUAAGCGUCACCUUUGCUUGGAUUUGCUAAUGAGAGUGCCAAUGUUUGAGAAAAUGGAUGAACAACUCUUGGAUGCAAUGUGUGACCGUCUCAAGCCAGUACUUUACACAGAACAAAGCUACGUCGUCCGGGAAGGAGAUCCUGUUGAUGAGAUGCUUUUCAUAAUGCGAGGCAAGCUAUUGACCAUGACAACUAAUGGUGGAAGAACCGGCUUCUUCAACUCUGAGUACUUAAAAGCCGGCGACUUUUGUGGAGAGGAGCUUCUCACAUGGGCCUUAGAUCCUCAUUCCUCAUCCAACCUUCCCAUCUCCACUAGGACGGUCCAAACCAUUGUAGAAGUUGAAGCCUUUGCGCUAAAAGCUGACGAUCUGAAGUUUGUGGCCUCUCAGUUCCGGCGCCUACACAGCAAGCAGCUGCGCCACACUUUCAGAUUCUACUCGCAACAAUGGCGAACAUGGGCAGCAUGUUUCAUACAAGCUGCAUGGAGACGCUACAGCAAGAAGAAGCUUGAAGAGUCUCUUGUCGAAGAGGAGAACCGACUAAAAGAUGCAUUGGCAAAGGCUGGUGGUAGCUCAACAAGUUUAGGUGCCACAAUAUAUGCUUCAAGGUUUGCAGCCAAUGCACUCAGAUUAUUGCGGCGUAGUGGCACUGCAAGGAAGAUAAGGGUGGCGGAGAGAUCAAUACCCCCUAUGCUACUUCAGAAGCCUGCGGAGCCUGAUUUUACUGUUGAAGAUCAAUAGUAAAUUGAUAAUCUUGUUGGAUAUGCCUGAUUUAUAAUUUAGGAAAGUUGAACAUGCAAUGAUAUUUUGGUAGAAUAUGAUGUCCAUAUUAUUUUGAGUUAAGCUUUUAUGUAAAUAUUAAAAUAUACAUAUGUUAUUGUUAUUAAAUGGUUUUCAGGUUAAACUGUGCUUUCUGUUCA